GGUUGUCUCCCACGGACUCGCCAUGGGUGCGUACAAGUAUAUGCAGGAACUGUACAGAAAGAAACAGAGCGAUGUGCUGGCAAUACCGCCAGUUAACGAAAUUACAUGUUGCCUAGACCUUCCCGCCCUUGACAAGGCGAGGAGACUGGGCUAUAGAUGCAAACAAGGUUAUGUGAUUUUCCGGAUUCGUGUUCGACGAGGUGGUCGUAAACGCCCUGUUCCUAAGGGUGCUACCUAUGGCAAACCUAAGAGUCAUGGUGUGAACCAACUUAAACCUACACGUAAUUUACAGUCUGUAGCUGAGGAACGUGUUGGCAGGCGUUGUGGAGGCCUGAGAGUUCUCAAUUCCUACUGGGUUGCCCAAGAUGCUACCUACAAGUACUUCGAGGUUAUUCUAAUUGAUCCUGCUCAUAAGGGCAUUCGUCGUGAUCCCAAGGCCAAUUGGAUUUGCCAGGCUGUUCAUAAACACCGUGAGAUGCGUGGCAAGACCUCUGCUGGUAGAAAGUCGAGAGGUCUAGGAAAGGGACACCGAUUCAGUCAGACAAUUGGUGGUUCAAGAAGAGCAUGCUGGAAGCGGCGAAACACACUGCAGCUGCGCAGGAAACGUUAAUUAUAAAAAUUGCAAUUUUCUGGACUAUGUUUGGUUGAGUGGAAAUGCUAAUAAAUCAUAUAAACUUUUCCUUGAUGUAAUUUUUUUUGUAAUUGUCCUUGGGUUCCUGUCCUGAACCAGAGUAAAAUGAUUAAAAUUAAAUUGUAUGAAUUUGUGUUAAUUUGGCAAUUAUGGUUAUACCCUAAGUUAUACUGGCCCAUGGCAGGUUUCAGCUGUUGAGUUUCAUCUAUUUGAGAGA